CUUGACUCUUGGAGGACUCGUCUUGAUGCGAGCGCCGAGGAAGUCACACCCAUCACGCAGAACUGCGCUCUCUGAUCGCAUUUUCCGAAAUGCGACUUCGUUCCGUGGACCAUUUUGAUUCCGAAUAUUAAUAUUAAUGAGGACCACGUGUUAGUUAUCGGAGCUACGUCCUCCUGCGUCUGUUGCAGACCUUUCUUCGGAGUGAGUACCUUCUCGGGGCAGAUCGUUUUUGGUGAUGUUGCAAAUCAAAGGAGCCAUUUGUUUGAUGCGUUUUCUGGGCAGAGGAAGUAGUAUGUAGCAGUGGGUGGAAAUACUCAUCACUAUGCAUCGCUUAGCAGCAUUAGGUUUUGAUCGACAUUGCCGACUACCUCAGCCCUACGUAUCCUCAGUUGUUGGUCGUCCUUUCCCCUUGCUCCCUCACAAUGCUCCCCAGAACUCAUGCGGGACGCAUACUCUUUCUUCCCCUUACUUUUCUUCUCCUUACCCAUGCGCUGGCCCAAAACAUAACUGUCGAUGAUGCUGCCACGACGGGUGUUGUCCCUCAGUACCUUCCUGCCCCCUCCUUCACUCAGGGUGCGACUUGCACUGGAUGUGGUGCACAACCUGAUGCUUCGCGGGCGUUCGGCGGAACGUGGCACGAUGCAACAUUUACACCUGGGGAUGGGAUCGCAAAGGCUAUUGAGCUCGACUUCAAUGGUAGUGCUAUAUAUAUAUUCUUCAUUCUCGCGAACACGAUUCAAUUCGUCGAUACCGUUACAAACAUGAAUUUCAUCAUCGACGAAUCACUCGUCGGCAGCUUCGUUCAUGAACCCUCUACGAGUACUGAUUUCCAAUACAACGUGCCGGUAUAUGUCAACGAAUCUUUGUCGAAUGGUCAGCAUCAUAUCAGGAUGGAGGCAGCAGGGAACCACUCUGCUCUGAUUUUGUUCGAUUAUUUGGUCUACACUUCAAACACCGCCAACACAACGGCAUCGUUGUCGACAACCCCAGUUCCCACUGUGUCAUCCCCCUUGGAAACACAAAACGCGACGAAGAAAUCGAAUUCUGCUCCAAUCAUUGGUGGUGCCGUAGGAGGCGUUGUUGCAGUUGCCAUUUUAGCCUGUUUGUUGAUCUGUUGCUGGAGACGGAAGAACCAAAAGCAUGGACCUGACCGAAUCACCGCACAGGAAGUGCACGGCGAUGCACUAUCCUUAUCUGAUUCGGAACGUGCGACAACGUGGUCAACACCAUUGACCUUGUCACAGCCGAGGACGUUGGUGUCUCUGGAUCGUACAACCUCUACAGAUCGUCAAAGACGGUAUUUGGAUUCCCCUGCAUUUCCACAAACUGUGACACUCCCGACUCGAUCCGCCUCGUCAUCUCAGAGCAUGUCAACAAGAUCAAACGAGCGAAUUCGAUCUCGCGAAGCGCGAACGCCUUUAAAUGCGAAAUUAUUGGAGGCCACUCGACAUCCAGAUACAGUAACAACGCCCAAUUCUCGAUCACCUAUCACCAAUAAUUCAUCAGGGACUGGUGCAACAGUGCUGCAAGCGCAAGUUGAGCGUCUGAUGGAUGAGGUUGCCUGCCUUCGACAGUUACAUCUGCGAGAUAGGGAUGGGUUGGAUACAGAAGUAGGGACGGAGACGGAGGCACCUCCUGGAUAUUCGGAAGGCAGAGCGUCGCUUGAUUCUACUGUAUGAGAUAUUAUUUGUCUGCUUUCAAGAUGCAAUGUAUUCUAGUUUC